AUGGAAAUACUUGAUGCCCCAAAAUUGCCUCCAUGGACGCAACGAGUGGCUAAUGAUUACUGUGCAUUUGGGCUCAAUUUUUUAACGGUGAAGAUAUUAGAUUCUACAGACGUUUCAGAGGAACAUGGCCGCAUCAGUAUUCCAGAACUUCUGGCCAACGAUAUGCUCCGUAUUUACCUUUCUCUAAAUGAGAGGGCAAUAGUAGACAGCACAGAGAAAGAUGGCCCUAUAGGAAUGUUAAAUGAUGGUUUGAAUGUGCUUGUCUUCAUCCCUGGGAUGAGGUUGGAGCUGAAACUAACAAGUUGGGAUGUAUUUGACAUUGUCACAAACAUUAAAGGAUCAGACUGGCCGAGAUGUGUUGAAUACCUCAAACUCAAAGAAGGAGAUAAGGUGGCGAUUUGGAUAUUCCGAAGCCAGGAAAAUAGCGAUAAAAAAGACAUGCCUUGCUUCAUUUUUCAUAAGCUCUAA